CGCAGGCGCAAGGGCGCGUGCCCUCCGCUUUCGGCUCUGAUUGGCUGCCAGGGGUAAGGGAGCCGCCCAAUGGGAGGUGUGAAUAGUGAGGGGUCCCGCACGCCUGGAACUGAGGGUCUGUGUCAAGAGCGGCGGGGGCUGCAGGAGAUGCCUGGGCGCCAUGGGGUGCAGUUCAACUACAGAGUCAUGGGCUCACUGAAGAGUGAGGUAUAAACAUUGGAUCCAGACUUGCUGAUUGAUAGAGACUGGCACCACCUUCCGCGCAAUGGCAGAGGUGGUGGCUGAAGUGGCUGAGGUAGCUGAGAUGCCGACACAAAUGUCGCCAAGGGUAAUGGAGAUGUCAGCACCGAUAUUAGGGGAGAAGAUGGAGCUGUCAACGGAGCUGACUGAGAUGACACCUGGGGAGGCUGUUGCCUCCUCCCUCUUCUUCCAGUUCAUGUGCUCUGAAUGUGGCAACCUCUACAACACGCUGGAAGAAGUCCUCUCACACCAGGAGCAGCACGUGCCCACUGUCACAGAGGAGGAGGCACUGACCACCCAGGACACUGGCCUGGAGCCGGAGCUGGUGCCAGGCACUGAGGAAGGGCCUUUCCAGUGCGGCGAGUGCAGCCAGCUCAUCCUCUCCCCCAGGGAGCUCCUUGCUCACCAAGAUGCCCACCUGCGGGAGUCUGCAAGCCAGAUCCAGUACCAGUGUGGAGACUGCCAGGAGCUGUUUCCCUCACCUGAGCUGUGGGUGGCUCACCGCAAGGCCCAGCACCUUUCCACUGCAGCAGCUAAACCUCCGGUGCUGCCGCCUCUGCCUCCCGUCACACCACCACCUCCACCCCCUGCUCCACCUGAAGUCAAGAUGGAGCCCUACGAGUGCCCCGAGUGUUCUACCCUCUGUACCACCCCCGAGGAGUUCUUGGAGCAUCAAGGCACCCACUUUGACUCCCUAGAGAAAGAAGAGCACAAUGGGUUAGAAGAGGAGGAGGAAGAUGAUGAAGACGACAAUGAAGAGACAGAGGAAGAGGAAGAGGCAGCAGCUGACGUUGGUGACGAUGCAAAGGGAGGUGACAAGUCUCCAGCUGGCCAGGCCCAGGGCAGUGGGGAUGGUCCCCCACACUGUACCUCAGCAGGGGCACGCCGGCGACACCGGCGGGCAUCCCACAGCCCAGCCUCAGCAGCUCACCCCUUCUACUGCAGCCAGUGCCAGCGCAGCUUCAGCUCUGCAAACCGGCUUCUGGCUCAUGGGCGGGCGCACGUGGGUGGCACCCAUGAGUGUACGACCUGCUCCAAGGUCUUCAAGAAAGCAGCCUCCCUGGAGCAGCACCUGCGGCUGCACCGCGGCGAAGCCCGCUACCUCUGUGUGGACUGCGGCCGUGGCUUCGGCACGGAGCUCACUUUGGUGGCCCAUCGGCGGGCCCAUACUGCCAACCCGCUGCAUCGCUGCCGCUGUGGCAAAACAUUCAGCAACAUGACCAAGUUUCUCUACCACCGGCGCACGCACGCAGGCAAGAGUGGGGCACCCCCCUCAGCAGCACCACCCACGGUAGCAUCUGUAGUGGCCUCCCUGGCUCCAGCCGAGCCCACACCUCCCCCCCCAGCCCCUCCCACCCCGCCUGCCCAGCUGCCUUGCCCUCAGUGCCCCAAGUCCUUUGCCUCAGCCUCCCGGCUCUCCCGGCACCGGCGCGCCGUCCACGGGCCCCCUGAGCGGCGGCACCGUUGCGGCGUCUGUGGCAAGGGCUUCAAGAAGCUGGUCCACGUGCGCAACCAUCUCCGGACACACACGGGCGAGAGGCCCUUCCAGUGCCAUGCCUGUGGCAAGACUUUCGCUUCUCUGGCCAACCUCAGCCGCCACCAGCUGACCCAUACAGGCGUGCGUCCCUACCAGUGCCUGGACUGUGGCAAGCGCUUCACACAGAGCUCUAACCUGCAGCAGCACCGGAGACUGCACCUGCGGCCAGUGGCGUUUGCCCGCGCGCCUCGCCUUCCCAUCACUGGACUCUACAACAAGAGCCCCUACUACUGCGGGACCUGUGGCCGCUGGUUCCGUGCCAUGGCGGGCCUGCGACUGCAUCAGCGGGUCCACGCCCAGGCACGGACCCUGACGCUGCAGCCUCCCCGGUCGCCCCCUCCUGCUCCGCCCCCACCCCCCGAGCCUCAGCAGACAAUCAUGUGCACCGAGCUCGGGGAGACCAUUGCCAUCAUUGAGACGUCCCAGCCACUGGCCCUUGCAGACACGCUGCAGUUGUGCCAGGCAGCCCUGGGGGCCUCUGAAGCAAGCGGGUUGUUGCAGUUGGACACAGCCUUCAUGUGACACAGUUAAAGAGCAACAAUAAAAAAAUUUGGUUGCAAAACAAGUAUGGGCACCUCUGGGGAGAAGGGGACCACCUCCUGACAAGCCACUUUGGUGCCCACUGGGUGCCAGCAUCCAUCCUGGCCUCUUCCCUACUGACUCUUCAGAACGGCCCCACCAGGUGUCACCUUUCUCUGCCUGAGGGGACACUGAAGCUCUGAGACACCAUACAAUGUGUCCUAAGCCACCCCACUGCGUUGCAAAGUGGGGUUCUCCAAGACUCUCUGCUCCGCGUCACCCUGGUGCCUAGGAACGUCAGGUAACCUUUCCUGAGCCCCGACCAUGUGCCAGGUCUCUGCUGGGCACUGUCACAUUCUUCUUCAGGUCCUCUGCUUGUUCUCCACCGCCUGCCCCUACCCUUGCCUUCCCUGGACUCUGGGAUCCCUGCAUUUGGCUCUGCCUGGUGGAAGAAGGUACUUGACUUCUCUGGGCUUCUUUCAUCUCACUUCCACCUGAAAGAUGGGUGUUCAGCUGCAGAUGGGUGAUACUGGAGACGCAGGCAUGAGUCAAGACAGGGGCUGUGCCCCAAGAGCCAUACACAGGGGUUGGAGGAACACACCCAAGUACAGAUGGCCUUGUUCCCUGA